AUGUUUCAUAUAUUUGUACUAGCAUAUUGUGUCUUAUCAGUGUCAGCGACCAUUUUUAUAAAGGGGCCUUGUCCUAGCCUCAAAGGUGUUGAUAAUUUUAACAUUACGGCGUACGCUUCCGGUAAAUGGUUCGAGAUAGCCAGAUAUCCUAAUGACUGGGAAAAUCGAGGGAACUGUGUGUCGAAGGUAUUCAACCCUGAAGGAAGUAAUUAUAAAUUUAGACUCACUGAUGUGGUGGACCACUCUCAAACGUAUUAUGACGGACGGAUCGAACUUGCCCCUGAAGCUGGGAACACUGGAUUGCUGAAUUAUAUAUCUACUGCUUACGAGGGUUCAGAAGGUGAAAAUAAAGUCCCUGUAUAUAUCCUGGAUAUAGACCAUGACAACUACAGCAUUGGCUAUGAAUGCAAGUAUGACCCAACCAAGGAUAUGCGUCAUGACUUUGCUUGGGUUAUGUCAAGAUCAAAAUCACUACAAGGAAAGACGAAAACAAAAGUGGACAAUUUCAUCAAAUCCUCCAACCUCAUUGACCCCAGUAAAUUAAUCUGGGUGGACUUUACUGAGGACGCUUGCAAGUGA